AUCUACCUGCCCCGUCUCUUUCUUCAUAUUGCAGUGAAUUUCUCAUCUUUAUUCACUAAUAUCUAUAAGCUACCCUCUUUCUUUCUCUCUCUCCAUCCCCUCCUCACCCUACGCACUGCAGUGCCCUCUCACCUCUCCCGCCGUACCCCGCUCCCAUUCUUAGACGAUCUUUUCCCCUCAGUUCCUCGCAUACAAGAUCUCAAUCAUGGCUGUCCGUGCUCAAUUUGAGAACUCCAACGAGAUUGGUGUUUACUCACGACUUACCAACUCAUACGCCCUCGUGGCCGUCGGUGCUUCGGAAAACUUCUACAGUGUAUUCGAGGCCGAAUUGCAAGACGUCAUCCCCAUCUGUCAUGCCACAAUCGCAGGAACAGGUAUCAUCGGUCGUUUAACCGCAGGAAACCGCAAAGGUCUCCUCGUCCCUCAGACAACAACAGACCAAGAACUACAACAUCUGCGAAACACCCUCCCAGAUGCAGUCAAAGUCCAACGCAUAGAAGAGCGUCUGUCUGCGCUCGGAAACGUCAUUUGUUGUAACGACCAUGUAGCCCUCAUUCAUCCGGAUUUGGAGCGUGAGACGGAAGAAAUUAUCGCUGAUACCCUGGGCGUCGAAGUAUUCCGCCAAACAAUUGCCGACAACGUCCUGACAGGGUCAUACAUGGCACUCUCAAACCAGGGUGGUAUCGUUCACCCCAAGACCUCGGUCCGUGAUCAGGAUGAACUCUCCUCCCUCCUCCAAGUCCCCCUCGUUGCUGGCUCGGUGAAUCGUGGUAGUCCCGUCGUUGGCGCAGGCUUGGUUGUCAACGACUGGCUUGCCGUAACGGGUCUGGACACAACUGCUACAGAGCUGAGCGUGAUCGAGAGUGUAUUUAGACUUGGGGAGAACGGGCCAGGCGGUAUUGGUCAGGGAGCUGCGAAUAAGGAGAGUAUUGUGGAAAGUUUCUAUUAAGCUUUCUUCUUUCAUCACCCGUUCCUUUUUCCGCUCUUCCCUCCUACCACCACUACUUCACGGCUCUGACUGUUUCUUUCUGUUCCCCUUUUCAUGUCCCUUCGCUACGAUACGUUACGUGCAUACUUAACGGAUGGGGUGUUUUUGACUUUGGAGUAAAUAGCUUUUAGUAUGUACGGAGUAGAAAUGCAAUGGCUGCGGU